AAAAAAAAAAAGCUUGUGAGUUGUUUGCUCCCACGGCCACUAAAUUGAAAAAGAAAAGUAGAGGCAAGAUAAAAGUAAAAUUCGGUCGUCAAAGCUAUACUUGAGGCGCGGCGAAGAAAUUAAUGAAACGUGACAGCAUAAAAACGGGCCGGGUUUAGGCCCGAAUGGGGUUUCUUGGUAGUUGGGCGAAGAAGGGUUUUACAUCCCCACUAACUGAGCUCUCUUCCCUCCACGUAGCCGCAGUCUGAGAAGGAGACAAUCACCAUCUUCUGUCUCUUUUGUUACUUAUUUAUUUUGGUUCAAUUGCUUUUUGGUUUCAAAUUUAUCACAUUUGGAUCCAGAAGCAAUAAUCUGCAAUGGCAACUCUCGUCCCUCCUCCUACAACCACAGUUCCUGCAGCGGCGGAGAAAGUUGAUUAUCUCAACUUGCCGUGCCCUAUUCCCUAUGAAGAAAUUCAUCGCGAAGCUCUCAUGUCUUUAAAGCCAGAACUUUUUGAAGGGUUGCGCUUUGAUUUCACUAAAGGACUUAAUCAGAGAUUUUCACUCAGUCACAGUGUACUUAUGGGGCCCACAGAACUUCCUUCACAGUCCACGGAGACAAUCAAAAUUCCAACUGCUCACUAUGAGUUUGGUGCUAACUUUAUAGAUCCAAAGCUGAUGCUUUUCGGCAGAGUAAUGACGGAUGGAAGGGUGAAUGCUAGAGUAAAAUGUGAUUUAUCUGAGAAUCUUACCUUGAAGGCUAAUGGUCAGUUGACCGGUGAGCCACACAUGUCGCAUGGCAUGGUUAAUUUCGAUUACAAGGGAAAAGAUCACAGGUCCCAGUUUCAACUUGGGAAUGGUGCAUUAUUUGGAGCCAGCUACAUCCAGAGUGUUACUCCACAUUUGUCUCUGGGUGGGGAAGUGUUCUGGGCUGGUCAGCAUCGGAAAUCUGGCAUUGGUUAUGCUGCUCGCUACAGCACUGAUAAGAUGGUUGCCACUGGGCAAGUUGCUAGCACUGGAAUGGUUGCACUGAGCUAUGUUCAGAAAGUUUCUGAAAAGGUGUCUCUUGCAUCAGACUUGAUGUACAACUACAUGUCUAGAGAUGUUACUGCAAGCUUUGGUUAUGAUUAUAUUCUUCGGCAGUGUCGUCUUAGAGGAAAAAUUGAUUCAAAUGGCUGUGUUGCUGCUUUCCUGGAAGAGCGCUUGAACAUGGGUCUCAAUUUCAUUCUUUCAGCUGAGGUUGACCAUAAGAAGAAAGACUACAAGUUUGGGCUCGGGCUUACAGUGGGAGAAUAGGAAGGGCGGCUUUUGGGGAUUAGUUUUUAGAAUUUGAGCACAAGGUUGGAACUUAAAGCAUCUUUACUCCCAUAUUCUUUUUCCUGCGCGAUAAGGAUCAAAGAAUCAGUUUUGUAUUUUUGUUGAGCGACAUUGCUUAUGGAGCAUCAGCUGCUGCAGCUAUUGAUCAUUUCUUGGUUUUGCAGUUCCAGUUUGUAGUUGUAGAGUUCACUUUUUAUUCAGAACGAGAGAUCUAGCAAGGUCCGAUUUUAAUGUGUAUGAAUAGCACAUUUGACGACUCCACUUGAGGAUGGCUAAUAAUUCCGAGGCUUGAAUAGCACACUUGACGACUGAACCACAGAUAUUAUCCUACUUGGGAGAACAAUCUGCUCUGUACGGAAUUUGUCGUAAAAUUGAAAUUCGGGUCUGUGAGGGAGCAGGAAGAAUGGAAAGCGCCCACUUUAUUGGUGGGAUAUGUUGAUCUCCUUUUCGUCUCAUCCUCAUCCCUUUCCUUUUAAAAUUAUAGAUUUUGGAUGCAUCUUUUUGAAACAGUUUAUAAAAUUUUACUCAUGCAUAUCACAAGUGUUUGUGUAGUUUUAUGUCGAAAUGGAGAAAUUGUAACUACUACUAAUACUUAUUGUGUAGUUUCAAAGUACAUUAAGCAA